UCCCAGGGUCACCAUGCUGGCCUCAGGGCUGCUCCUCAUGGCUUUGCUGGCCUGCCUCACCAUCAUGGUCUUGAUGUCUGUCUGGAGGCAGAGGAAGCUCUGGGGGAAGCUCCCUCCGGGACCCACCCCGUUGCCCUUCAUCGGGAACUACCUGCAGCUGAACACAGAGCAGAUGUACAACUCUCUCAUGAAGAUCAGUGAGCGCUAUGGCCCGGUGUUCACGGUCCACCUGGGACCCCGGCGCAUCGUGGUGCUGUGUGGACACGAGGCGGUGAAGGAGGCUCUGGUAGACCAGGCUGAGGAGUUCAGCGGGCGAGGCGAGCAGGCCACCUUCGACUGGCUCUUCAAAGGCUAUGGUGUGGCGUUCAGCAACGGGGAGCGCGCCAAGCAGCUCAGGCGCUUCUCCAUCACCACGCUACGGGACUUCGGAGUGGGCAAGCGGGGCAUUGAGGAACGCAUCCAGGAGGAGGCGGGCUUCCUCAUCGAGACCCUCCGGAGCACGCAGGGUGCCUUCAUUGAUCCCACCUUCUUCCUGAGCCGAACAGUGUCCAAUGUCAUCAGCUCCAUUGUCUUUGGGGACCGCUUUGAUUAUGAGGACAAAGAGUUCCUGUCCCUGCUGCGUAUGAUGCUGGGAAGCUUCCAGUUCACAGCCACAUCUACAGGGCAGCUCUAUGAGAUGUUUUACUCAGUGAUGAAACACCUGCCAGGGCCACAGCAGCAGGCAUUUAAGGAGCUGCAGGGUCUGGAGGAUUUCAUAGCCAAGAAGGUGGAGCAGAACCAGCGCACCCUGGACCCCAACUCCCCGAGGGACUUCAUCGACUCCUUCCUUAUCCGCAUGCGGGAGGAGCAGAACAACCCCAACACUGAGUUCUACAUGAAGAACCUGGUGCUGACCACCCUGAACCUCUUCUUUGCGGGCACUGAGACGGUCAGCACAACCCUGCGGUAUGGCUUCCUGCUGCUCAUGAAACAUCCACAUGUGGAGGCCCAACUCCAUGAGGAGAUAGACCGGGUGAUUGGCAAGAACCGUCAGCCCAAGUUUGAGGACAGGGCCAAGAUGCCCUACACAGAGGCGGUGAUCCACGAGAUCCAAAGAUUUGGAGACAUGAUCCCCAUGGGCCUGGCCCGCAGAGUCACCAAGGACACCAAGUUUCGAGAGUUCUUCCUCCCCAAGGGCACCGAAGUGUUCCCCAUGCUGGGCUCCGUGCUCAGGGACCCCAAGUUCUUCUCCAACCCCCGAGACUUCCACCCAGAGCACUUCCUGGAUGAGAAUGGGCAGUUUAAGAAGAGUGAUGCUUUUGUGCCCUUCUCCAUUGGAAAGCGCUACUGUUUUGGAGAAGGCCUGGCUAGAAUGGAGCUCUUUCUCUUCCUCACCAACAUCUUGCAGAACUUCCGCUUCAAGUCCCCGCAGCUGCCCCAAGACAUCGAUGUGUCCCCCAAACACGUGGGCUUUGCUACCAUCCCACGAAGUUACACCAUGAGCUUCCAGCCCCGCUGAAGGAGGGCUGUGCUAGGGCAGGGCUGGGGGAAAAGCAAUGUAGAGGGAAGGAUGGGGUAGGGCUACGGUGGGGGCGGGGUUAAUGAUGGGGCGGGGCUAGUAGGUGGGAGGUGGCUUAGGGAAGGAAGGGCAAGGUGAAUGGGAGAGGAAGACGAAAGGAAUGGGGUUUUGUCUGUUCACCUUGCUAGAGGCAGAGCCUUAAGAGGUGGGAUAAGAUGAAGAACCUUACACUAUACUGUUAAUAAUAAUAAUAAUAAUAAUAAUAUAAUAACAACAACAACCUUAUUAUUUAUUGUAUCGAAUUCUGCGUCAGCUCUGUGCUAAGAGCGUCACACACACAAACCUAUGUGCCAGGAAACGGUGCUCAUGCCCAUCUUACAGGUGACAAAGCUUAACUGAUUCCCACGGAAUCUACAACAAGAACAAAAAAUGUCCUCGUAAUAAAUGAAUUUAGUAAGGUCACUGAACAUACAAAUGUCUUUUUCUGUUGUUGUUUUCCUAUAUAUUUUAGGUAAUCAAAAUUAAAAACACAAUAAUACUUUAGUCACUGAAAAAAACAAAAUACUUAAGUAUAAAUCUGACAACACAUUUACCAAGGCUGUACGGUGAAAACUACAGAAGGCUGAUGAA